CUCGCACUCUUCCUGAAUUAAAAGUUGCAGCAAAAGAGAAAAAUAUAUUAAAUAUUUACCUUCAAAAACGAUUAAAUCGCAAUUAUAUCCAAAUAUCUUUUAAAUUUAAGUUCUUCAGGUUAGAAAAGAGCUUGUUACAACAAACCAAAAGUCGUAAACGCUGUUUAAAACAACGAAAAUAAAGUUUGUGCAAAAAAUUUUGUGCUCCAUCAACAACAAAAGAAACUUUUCCAUCAAAUUCCAUGAGAAUUGAGGCGAAGCCGUGUUUAGAUUUAUGAGCAAAAACGGUCAUGGCCAAUUUAAACUUUCAACAGCCACCUCGGAUUUCAUCAGCUUCACUGAGUCGCAGUACGAACAGUGGCUUCACCACCAACUCCAUCUCAGGCAAUGUGACACCAACAUCAUCUCUAAUGUUUCAAUCGUCGCAACAGCCCGUGAAUAAUUCCAAUUAUGUGACGUCUUCAGGUCAGCAACAGCAACAACAACAGCAGCAAAAUCAACAGCAAAGUCAACAACAACUGUCACCGAAUCGAGCGGGGCAAAUGACAGCGAUAGGUGGAAAUAUCGUAGCACCACCAAUGGGAACUAGAAGAAUGUACAAUCCAUCUCUACAGCAACGUGAUGAUUUUAAUACAAGACGGAUGGCGGGAAGUUUAGCUGGUGGGUCUAUGAAUAUGGGCUCAUUUAUGCCUUCGGCACGCUAUGGAUCUCAAAGUGGCGGUAUAAAUAAUUUUUUCGCCUCUUCAUCCGACACGCCACCGACGCCUUUCGAUAUGAGCGAAUUUCCAUCACUUACAAACGCACGACAAAAUGAUCAACAUUCGAAUGUGUUACAAGCACCUGGAAGUAAACCCUACGUUGGAAUGGUAAAGCAACCUACAUCGGAACAAACGGAAUUUCAAAUGUCAAGUGAAGACUUUCCAGCACUACCGGGAACAAGCGAUAAUCUUGCCGGUGUUGUUGGCUCGGGAUCGAGCGCUAUUGUUGGUAAUCAAUCACAUCAAUCAUCUGUAUCCGUCUCGUCACUUGUAUCUUCGAAUAAUGUUAUUGGUUCAGGUGGUCCUGGUCAUCAUCACCAUCAUCAAAUGUCAUCACUUGGCGCUAUGAUGAAUGCUGAUGGCACAAAUAUGAUGGACAAUAAAAAUUCUAUUGGCUCAAAUCUUUGUAUGGAUAUGAUGCAAUCGGAGACGGUGGUGGGACAUCAAUCUGUGAGUGGUGGUGGACAUCAUCAUUUACCAAGUGAGAAAGCAAAACGCGGCGUACAAACAUCACCAAACGGUCUCGUCACGAACAUACCACCAACGAUGGUGAACAAUCAAUUCGGCAUGAUAGGAUUGCUUACGUUCAUCAGAGCAGCAGAAUCUGAUCCGAAUCUAGUUUCACUUGCAAUGGGACAGGAUCUGACGGCACUCGGACUGAAUCUGAAUUCCAUGGAGAAUCUUUAUCAAAGUUUCGGUGGUCCAUUUUCAGAUGGCCCUGCAAGGCCACAAGACAUUGAUUAUCCAGUUCCAUCCGAGUAUUUAAUCAACGUAUCGAUUCGUGACAAGCUUGCACCGCUCAGUAAAAUGAAACAUUAUAAGGAUGAUUUACUUUUCUUUCUCUUUUACACAAAUUGUGGUGAUGUGAUGCAAUUAGCAGCGGCAAAUGAACUUUAUCAACGAGAUUGGCGAUAUCAUAUCGAGGAGAAAGUGUGGAUUAUGCGAGUGCCGGGAAAUACGCAUUACGAUAAAAAUGGGUCAAUUGAACGAGGAACUUACUACUAUUUUGACGCCCAAAAUUGGCGACGUGUGCCCAAAGAGUUUCAGCUCGAUGGGCAAAAACUCGACACGAAACCGCCGAUUGCAAUAACAAAAAUGGCUGGACGAGGACUUUCAUUCAAAUCUCUUAAAAAGUCGACCACAACAGAUGAAACAAAAUCCGAAUUGGCAUCAGAAACUCACUCGUCAACACAAUCAACGCCAAUACCAAUGAUUAAAAGUGCUGGUCGAGGCUUGGGACUUGCAUUCCCAUCAAUCAAGAAACAUGUCGAAGAAACUGAAUCAACAGCAACGCCAUCAGUUGUUUCAUCUGUUGGUCCAAUUACCAUGCCUCUCGCUACAAAAACCUCAAAAAUACCAGAAAGAGAAGAAUCGCUUGGAUCUUCCGAAGCUAAGCUUAAAGGUGCAGUUCCAAAGAUGUCGAGCCCGACACCACAAACAAUCUUGAUCUCGAAAGCAACAUGUCUUUCCCCAACAUCACAAGAACCUGUAAUUAAACGGGGAGAAAAAGGAACGCCUUACACUUCAAUGACAAACUCAAUCAUGUUACAUUGCGAUCCAGAUAAAGGCGUUUUUGAGUAUGAAGUUCGCUUCAAUCCCGCUGUUGAUAACAUUUCGUUUCGAUCAAAAUAUAUUGCACAACAUAAAGACGUUCUUGGCAAUGCUCGAACAUUUGAUGGCGUCAUUUUGUUUUUACCACAUCAACUUCCAAAUCAAGUCACACGAUUAAUCUCGAAGAACAUCGUUGAAGGUCCCGAAAUAGCAAUUGAAAUAAUUUUCAAACGUAAAAAGAAACUCGGCGACUGCAUCCAAUUAUACAACAUUCUCUUUGAAAAGAUCUUUAAAGUUUUGAAUUAUCUUCGUGUUGGACGUAAAAGUUUCGAUCCAACUUCACCAAAGCUUAUUCCACAACAUAAACUUGAAAUUUGGCCAGGAUAUGUGAAAGCAGUCAGUGAACAAGAAGGUGGUUUAAUGCUUGAAUUGGAUGUUUCUCAUCGUGUAUUAGCAACUCGUACAGUUCUUGACACAAUCACUGAAGCUUUUCAAGCUGGACGAAAUCAAUUCCAGGAUAAUGUGAAAAAAAUGUUAAUCGGAAAAAUUGUUUUAACUCGUUACAACAACAAAACUUACCGCAUCGAUGACAUUAUCUUUGAUAAAUCACCAAAAUCUACAUUCACACGUGGUGACAACGAAAUAAGUUACAUUAAAUAUUAUAAGCAACAGUACAACAUUGACAUUCAAGACAUGAAUCAAUGUCUGUUGAUAAGUCGCAAAGAAAUUCGUGUAGCUGGUGAACGAGAUAAGCGCGAAUAUAUGUUCUUGUUGAUUCCUGAACUUUGCUACAUGACAGGAUUAAGCGAUGAAAUGCGUCAAAAUUAUAUGGUUAUGAAAGAUCUUGCAACAUAUACGAAAUUAACGCCUCUUCAACGUGUCAAGUCUUUCCGACAAUUCAUUCUGAAUGUCAACAAUACGCCAGCUGCUAAAGAAAUUUUAUCAAUUUGGGGUUUAUCAUUGGAUUCUGAUCCAUUAACAUUAACAGCACGUCUUUUAAACGAAGAGAAAAUCAUUUUUGGACGUGGACGCGAAUUUGGUGCUGGAAAUUACGCUGAUUUCUCACGACAUGCUACAACUAAUGAAGUUUUAUCCCCGAUCAGCAUUCAAAAUUGGUUGUUGACAUUCACAGAACGCGAUAAAGUUACAGCUGAUAACUUUGAAUCGAUGAUCAUGAAGAUUUGUGGUCCAACAGGCAUUCAUGUUGCAAAGCCACGUCGUUUAAGUUUGCCAAAUGAUCGAACUGACACUUACAUCAAUGAAAUUCGUAAAGCUUUGAAUAAUAAUCAAACAAUUCAAAUUGUUGUCGUCAUUUUUCCAUCAUUACGCGAAGAUCGUUAUGCUGCUGUUAAACGUGUUUUAUGUUCUGACAUUCCAACACCAUCGCAAGUCAUUAACAGCAAAACAUUGAGAAAUGAAGGAAAGAAUCGUUCGAUCGUUCAAAAGAUUCUUCUGCAAAUGAAUUGCAAGCUUGGCGGUACUUUAUGGAGUAUCAAAAUUCCACUUCAGAACACGAUGAUUUGCGGUGUUGACACAUACCAUUCAGCUGGACAAAAUGGAAUAACAGUUGGUGGUUUUGUUGCAAGUUUAAAUCCAGAAUUUACUCGUUGGUAUAGUCGACCAACCAUUCAAGGUAAGCGUGAAGAACUUGUUAAUGGAUUGACAGCAUCAAUGGAAGCUGCUUUAACAGCUUACAAAGGAAUGAAUCGAACAUUCCCUGAACGUGUCAUUAUUUAUCGUGAUGGUGUCGGCGAUGGACAGUUGGAUUUCGUCAAACAAUAUGAAAUCAUGCAGUUCAGAAAUGCAUUCAAACGAAUUGAAUCGAAUUACAAUCCAUUGUUGACUUUCGUCGUUGUACAAAAACGAAUCAACACAAAAUUCUUUAAAGUUGUUGAAGAACGAAAUGGCAAUAAUUUCGUUAAUCCACCGCCGGGAUCGGUUUUGGAUCAAAUUGUUACGUCACGAUAUUUGUACGAUUUCUAUUUGGUGUCACAACAUGUUCGUGAAGGAACAACAACUCCAUCGCAUUAUAUUGUCUUGGUUGAUGAUGGAAACUUCUCUCCAGACAUUUUACAACGUUUAACGUACAAGCUUUGUUACUUGUACUACAAUUGGCCGGGAACAGUCCGUGUACCAGCUCCGUGUCAAUAUGCACAUAAGUUGGCAGAUCUGAUUGGUUUAAGUGUUAAAGUUGUUGCCGAUGAAAAGCUUGCUGAUAAAUUAUACUUUUUGUAAACCACAAACAACUUUUCCAAAAAUAAGUUUUCGUCAAACUUCUAAUUAACUGAUGAAAAACUCAAAUUUCAUUUCUCUUAAUUCUUACUUUGACAGUUUAAAUCUCAAUUAUUUUUUCUUUAUUCAAUUCUCUUAAGAUUUCAAACAAUUUUUUCAAUAUUCUUAAACAUUAGCGUAAUUAUUUUUAAAGUAAGGGAACUUUGACAUAUAAAAUGAAAUUCUUAAAGUAAAAAAGGUGAAAACUUUCAAUUCCUGAACAAAAAUUAACAUAAGAAGUAAAAUUAAUUCACUGAUGUUCUCUGUUCAAGUACAAAUUCAAACAUGUCAAAGAAAGAUAAAGUCAGACUAAUAAAAAUGAUUAUUAAAUAAAGGAAAACAAAAGAAA